AUGCCUGCACACAAGAGAGGUCCUUGGUCCCAGCAGGAGGAUCACAUCCUCAUGAGCCUUGUCCACUCUCAGGGCGCCCACAACUGGGUCCGCAUCUCGAGCAUGAUGGGCACUCGCUCUCCCAAGCAGUGCCGUGAGAGAUAUCACCAGAACCUGAAGCCCAACCUCAACCAUGACCCCAUCACUCCCGAGGAGGGUGAGUUGAUUGAGCAGAUGGUUGCCGAGAUGGGCAAGCGCUGGGCCGAGAUCGCUCGUCGCCUGCGCGGCCGCAGCGACAACGCUGUCAAGAACUGGUGGAAUGGUGGCAUGAACCGCCGCAGACGCAACGCCCAACGCCGUGCCGAGAUGGAAGCCCGUCAGCAGCAACAGCACACCCAGCAGCAGAUGAUCGGCCAGCCCGGCCAAAUCGUCCAGCAGCACCUGCCCGAGCAGACCAUGUACUUCAACUCUGCCAUGCAAAGGCCCCAGUACUUCGACCAGAACCAGCUGCCUGCCAUCUACCAGCAACAGGCACACAUUGCCUCGCAGCACGCACACUAUCCUCAGACCCUGGGUGUUCCUCAGUUCGGUCGCACUCUUCGUGCGUCUCCUUUCGAGAGUCCUUUACCUUCACCUGGUGCUUACUCUCAAAUUUCGGCAGACGGCGCUCCUUCCCUAGUUUCAGACGCUUCUUCCUACUCGCAGCGCUCNCCCCACGGCACAUCUCCCGUUGAGCUCCCUCCUCUCAGUCAGCAAGACCAGCGAUACGUCGACCGUCGCCCUUCCAGCUCGUACAUGCAGCAGCAGCAGCAACAGCAACGCCUGGUUGUUCCCGGCCAGGAGGGUUACCAGAUUCCCAUGCAAAUGUCUCGCUCCGAGGACGGCACCAAGCGUCCUCAAAUGCUCCAGGAGGCCUUCAACCCUCAAGCUGCCAUGAUGUACCGCCAGGCUCAGGAGUACCCUCAGAUGCAAUACCCUCACCAAGCACCUCUUCCCCACGUCUACCAACAAAUGGCUCCUCAACACCAUUUCUCACACAUGCCUCCCCACAUGGCUGGCGCUCCUCAGCACCACUCGCUUGACCCCGAGCUUGCUCAGGAUGGCGGUGAUGGCAAGGAGAGCCCCAAGGAGAAGAUGAGAUUGUCUGCCAUUGUUGCCAACUAA